AUGGUGUUUACCGACAGCGAAGAUGACGAUCUCGAAGCGCCACGCAACAAGCGCGAGGCUGCCGUUGUUUUCAAAGAUGCCGUCAAGGGCGAGAGAUCUUCCCCGGGCGCUCACCAGGCCAUUUCCGCCGCCCAUGCGAGACAUUCUGGUACAGAAGCUUCCAAAGAAUGGAUGUCCAGGCACAAGCAGCGCGAUCCGGCUACAACUAGUUUCGAACGGGUGCAAUUGGAUUCGGACGAUGAGUUGAACUAUAUGCAGUCGGAUGAUGAAAGGUUCAACAAUCGUGAGAAGAAGGCAAAUGCCAGAGCGGUCAAAUCUGCCCAUAGAGCGAGAAAGGCUGAGAAAGCGAACCAUCCACCGCCAGGAUCGACAAGAGGUAGUGCUACGACUGGUGUCGGCGUGCGAGGUCCUCAGAAGAAGCGCAAACGUGUCCAGAGUUAUGGCGAUUCAAAUUCAGACUCCGAUCUCAUGGAAUGGACAAUGCCAGACUAUAUCAAGGACCGUCGAAGUAAAUUUGAUAGACGAAUCAAAGAUUUGAAACAAGGCGGUUUAUAUUUGCCACCCACCUACGACGACGUCUACUUCUCAGACGAUGAGAAUAUCCAGCAAUUGAGAGAACGACCAGAGUUCCCCGUGUCUACGGCCUCCAGAGAGUACAAGGACAUCCAAUUGCCAUAUUCCCUAGGCCUCAUACCUGCCCCAAUAGCACAGUUCUUGCGAGACUACCAAGUUAAAGGUGUGGCAUUCUUGCACGAACUGUUUGUUUACCAGAAAGGAGGAAUCCUUGGUGAUGAUAUGGGCCUUGGAAAAACUGUACAGGUCAUAUCAUUCCUAACCGUGGCCUAUGGGAAGACCGGUGACGAACGAGACAAAAAGAGAAUGCGCAAGAUGAGACGAGCAAACCAGAAAUACCCCAAGACGUUGAUCAUUUGUCCCGGCACUUUGAUGGAAAACUGGAAAGACGAGUUCAGACAUUGGGGAUGGUGGCACAUCGAUACCUAUCAUGGUGGCGCUUCUCGUCGGCGUGAUGUAUUAUCAGAGGCUCAAGCAGGCAUGUUAGAGGUUAUGAUCACAACUUACCAUACCUAUCGCACGCACAAGGAGGAGAUCAAUAUGGUUGAGUGGGAUUGUGUCGUUGCAGACGAGUGUCAUCAGAUCAAAGAACGCACGUCGGAAAUCACAAAAGCCAUGGCCGGGAUCAAUGCCCUGUGCCGUAUUGGACUUACAGGAACAGCUAUACAGAACAAGUACGAAGAGUUGUGGGUGCUGCUCAACUGGACUAAUCCUGGCAAACUGGGUCCGAUAACGACAUGGAAGAAUACGGUCUGCAUACCACUAAAGCUGGGUCAAAGCCACAAUGCCUCCAAUUAUGAGCUUGCUCGAGCGAGAAAGACGGCGAAAAUGCUAGUCACUAAUCUUCUACCGCAAUUCUUCUUGCGCCGUACAAAAGCCCUCAUCAGAGCCCAGCUUCCAAAGAAGACCGACCGUGUGGUGUUUUGUCCUUUGACAUCCACACAGGCCAAAGCUUAUCAAAAUUUCCUCGAUAGCGACAUUGUCUCCUGCAUCAGAGACAGCGGCCAGCUGUGUGAGUGUGGCAGUAGAAAGAAGGCUGGUUGGUGCUGCAGCAUGGUGCUGGAAGACGGAACUCCAUGGCAGCACUGGGUCUUCCCUGCAAUAGCCAACCUUCAGAAGAUAUCAAAUCACCUUGCCAGCCUCAUUCCUCAAGGCAGCGACUCGAGCGAGAAACAGGCGAAAGAUCUCGACCUGCUCGAGAUAGCAAUGCCCGGUCAAUGGAGGGAACUGUACAAAACUCGCGACAGCAUUCUGCACACUGGCAAUCCCGAGUAUUGUGGCAAGUGGAGGGUGUUGAAAAAGCUGCUCACAUUUUGGCACAAUCAGGGUGACAACAAGGUGCUGAUCUUCUCGCACAGCGUCCGGCUGCUACGCAUGCUGCUCAACUUAUUCAUCAGCACGCAGUUUAACGUGAAGUACCUCGAUGGGAGUAUGUCGUACGAGGAUCGGUAUCAAGCCGUCAAGGAAUUCAACACUGAUCCGACCCAAUUCGUGUUCCUGAUCAGUACGAAAGCCGGCGGCGUAGGACUGAAUAUUACUUCCGCCAACAAGGUCGUGAUUGUCGAUCCCAACUGGAACCCGAGUUAUGACCUGCAAGCACAAGAUCGUGCGUACAGAAUCGGACAAACCCGCGACGUCGAAGUGUUUCGUCUCGUCAGUCAAGGGACAUUGGAAGAAAUCGUAUACGCACGUCAGAUAUACAAGCAGCAGCAAGCCAACAUCGGAUACAGCGCGACGUCCGAGCGACGAUAUUUCCAGGGGGUCCAAGACAACAAAGAUCAAAAGGGUGAGAUUUUCGGACUCCAGAACCUCUUCGCCUACCAGAAUGAAAACCAGGUGCUUCGUGAUAUUGUGAACAAGACCAACGUCGCAGAGUCCAAGGCCGGCGUCCGCGUCACGAGUCUUGAAUUGGAGGAUCACGACUCGGACUCGUCGUCAGACGGCGAGGUCAAAGAUGAAGACCACCCGAUCAAGAGCGAGGAGAAGGAAAACGCGGCCAUGUCUCAGCUCGCGGCAGAGAUCAUCGGCGACGACAAACCUCGUCGAGGGAACAAGGGCAAAUCCUCAUUCCGAUCCGAAGAUGCCCCGAGAAAGAGCGAUCCGGUUCAAGCCAUCCUGUCCUCGGUCGGUGUUUCGUACACGCACGAGAAUAGCGAAGUCAUCGGCACGUCCAAGGUGGAGGAGUACCUGUCGAAGCGGGCCGAGAAGGCAGCGGGCGACGCCGAAUGGGGGCCCCGGGAGCAAUUGACCAAGGUGUUCGAGGACGAGUCACAACAAUCACGGCGACAGCGCACCGCGGCCGAUGACGAGGGCGUCUACACGGACGACGACGACAGGAUCGUCACUCCGUAUGGCGAUGUUAGGUAUAAGUUCAGGCCGCCUACGCCUGUGAAGCGGCGACAGUUCUGCACCAUGGCUCGCUGGGCGGGAUACGACGACGUGGUCUCGUUCGCUCUGGCCGUUGAGAGCUGGACGCAGGCCAGGAGGAGAGAGUGUCUCGAUCGGUUUUAUCAUGCCCGACGGGACGUCCUGGCUGGACUUGUCAAGAACAAAGGAUUUUACUCGGCCGAUGUCAAGCCAGAACACGGGGUAAAAGGGGAAGAAGAUGAAGACAAGACAGAAGUGAAGACGGAAAAGACUGUCAAGCAUGAAGUCAAGGAUGAAGUCAAACGCGAAGAGGCAAAGUGGAUUGACCCCGACACCGAGACGGAGACGGAGACCGAAAGUGAGAGUGAGGACGACGAACUUUGAUCGACUUGUGAAUGGUUAAGAAGCUGAGAUGAUACGACGACUUGAUGAUGUUAUGAUGGAUAGUUCAAUGUGUUUGGAGAUGGUGAUACCCCCCCUUUUGUUUGCUUAAGAAAGUUCGGAACAGAAGCCGACCCUUCCGUCAAGCAUGCUCUUUAUCAUUGUAAAUGUGUCAUCAGUCUGUUCAGACGGAAAGCUCUAGAAAUAUCCAGUAUUGUAUUGUACGGACUACUAUAG